AUGGCACGCCCAGGUCCCGGCCUGGGCAUAGCUCAACAACUCCGCAAACCGACAUCCAUCUUCGACAACAAUGGCGGCCAGGCUCACGACCGGAAACCGCCCGCCAACGUCUACCAAGCCAAAGUCCGCAUCGCGCACAAGUACAACAUUCUCGGCUUCAUCUCCAGUGGCACUUAUGGGCGGGUUUACCAGGCCGAAGCCCGCCAGAAGGACCCCUCCACACCCACCACCGCCAAAGAGCUCUACGCGAUCAAGAAAUUCAAGCCCGAAAAGGAAGGCGAUAACAUCCAAUACACUGGCCUCUCGCAAUCCGCCAUACGAGAAAUGGCACUAUGCACCGAACUCUCCCACCCGAACGUCGUCCACCUCGCCGAGAUCAUCCUCGAAGAUAAAUGCGUAUUCAUGGUCUUCGAAUACUGCGAGCACGACCUCCUCCAGAUCAUCCACCACCAUACCCAGCCCACCCGCCGACCUAUCCCGGCCUCCAUGAUCAAGUCCAUCCUCUUCCAACUCCUCAACGGCCUCUACUACCUCCACCAAAACUGGGUCAUCCACCGGGACCUCAAACCCGCCAACAUUAUGGUCACCUCCACGGGCCACGUCCGCAUCGGCGACCUCGGCCUGGCCCGACUCUUCCACAAACCCCUCUCCUCACUCUACACCGGCGAUAAAGUCGUCGUCACGAUCUGGUACCGCUCACCCGACCUCCUCCUCGGCGCCCGCCACUACACACCCGCAAUCGACAUGUGGGCCGUCGGCUGCAUCUUCGCCGAGCUCCUGUCCCUAAGACCCAUCUUUAAAGGAGAGGAAACCAAAAUGGACAGCAAGAAAACCGUCCCCUUCCAACGCAACCAAAUGUCCAAGAUCGUCGAGAUCCUCGGCAUGCCCCGCCGCGACCAUUGGAAAGGCCUGGUCGACAUGCCAGAAUACCCCCAACUACAAUCCCUCCUAAUGGGCCGCGGCACAAUGCACUCUUCCCUGAGCUCCACCUCCUCCCUCUACCCAACCUCCGCCUCCGCCCUGAACCGCACAAACAGCACCUCUUCCCUACACUCCCACUCCCACACCUACUCCCAACCCUCCAACACCGCCAGCACAUCCAACCUCGAAACAUGGUACAACAACUGCCUCCGCUCCACCACCUCCACCGCCCCCUUCCAACCCAACCCCCAAACCCACAAACCCGCCUCUACCACCCCAUCCCCCACCUCCCCCGGCCCCCUUGGCCUCGCCCUCCUCGCGAAACGCCUCACCGCCAACCACGCCCUCCACCACGAGUACUUCAAGUGUACUGAUCCCGACAACGAGAAUUUCGGGGAGGUGUGGGUGAGUAAUAAUUGCUUUGAGGGGUUGGAGGAGCGGUAUCCGGCGAGGAGGGUUAGUUAUGAAAGUACGGAUAUUGGGACUGCUGGUGGAGGCGGUGGUGGUGGGGGUCUGCUGGGUGGGGGGAUCAAGAGGGGUUUGGAAGAUAGUGGAGUGGGCGGGAUUAACAAGAGGAGGUGA